AGCGCACAAUAGAAGUUUAAUGCUAAUUUUAAUUAGUUGUUGACACAUUCUAUUAGUCUAAUUGGCAAGACGUUGUCCAGCUCGAGAAGCAAGUCCUCGCCAGCAGCGGAUGUCCUCCUUCCGCUGAUGCCUUCACCAUUAACGACCACCCUUGACCCAAUUUGCCCAUCCAAUGAUGUGUAUAGCUCAUCAGAAAAAAAGAAAGAUUCAGAUGUGUAUAAGAUUGAUGUGGUUCCGGAUAAGAACUACAUGCUAAGGCAGAUAAACGCCCGUUUUAACAUGGAGAACUUUUCUACCAUAGCCAAUCACAAGAUGACGAUCGUGGAGGCGGAUGCAGAGUACACGAAGCAGUUUGCUGCCGAAGCAUACACUCUCAAAAGAACAUUCAAGGACGACUCCCAGAGGAUUUUCCUAGGGCACCCUUCACGGUUCUAUGACUUUGUCAAUGAGGCACCAAAUAAUGCCCCUAAUAAUACACGGGCUCUAAAUGGGACCAAGACCAAGGUAAUUGAAUACGGGACUAGUGUACAGAUAAUUUCCCUAGACACUGGGACGGUCAGCACCGAAAACCACCCUAUUGACCUCCACGGCUACAGAUCCUAUGUUACUGGAUUUGGUACGGGCAAGUUUAAUCCACAGAAAGCGAAUUCCAACCUGGUGGAUCCGCCUUACAUGAACAACAUUGGAGUUACGGUGGGUGGAUGGGCGGCAAUUCGGUUUGUUGCUGACAAUCCGUGGGUAUGGCUCAUGCACUGUCACAUUGAUGUGCACCAGUCAUGGGGACUAGGCACGGUGUUGAUAGUGAAAAAUGGGGUGGGAGAGCUGGAGACUACCACAUCCAUUGGAGGAUCUGCCACGGUGCCAGAGCUGACGGACUCUAAUUAUGGCUGUGACCUUUCCGGUUGAGUAUUCUUUGGCGCAUUAUGUUCUAAAUCUCUUCUAAGUUCACAAAAUUGUGAAUUUUUUUUUGGGUUCCUGUGGAGAAGAUAACAUGAAUUUGCGAAUGUUUGUUUGUAAACAAUUGGAUUAAUAAAACUACAAAUUACUA